UAGCCGAUGUGUUGUACCUUGAUCUUGAAGUGCACUGCAAGUGCACUUGCAGCUUCGUCAAGAUUUCAGUCGAUUGGCAAACUUUGUGAGAAGCGUUGCACCGAUAGUUGGUUGGUGAAAGCGCAAAAACAAGUUAUUUACCGCUACUUGUUUACUGUGACAAACAAACGCGAUCGCCGAGCGAGUGUCUCAACUAAUUUCAAUUGGUACGUUGGUGUGUUGGUGGAUUCUCGAUAGUAUUUUAGAAAAUGAGCGUAGAACGCGUAUUCCACCAGAUCGAACGUACGAUGUAUGUACAUUUCGAGGAUAACUUUCUAUACUACUUCGAGCCUUUAUUCGAGUAUUUACCAUUUGAGAUUAUGGUUUAUUUGCUUAGAUUUCUGAACACAAGCGACCGCAGCGUUAUGGCGCAGACAUGUCAUAGUUUCUACGAAGGUCUCAGACAUCCAGAAAUGCUACGAUCCACAUGGCUUCAUAUUCAUGACGUAGAAUUUGAAGACAACAUCGAGCCAGUUCGAAGCAUGCUGGUUGCUCAUCGAUACUUUCCUAAUGUCAAACUUUCCAAGAUCGUGUUCCGCAAUCGGAGUGAUUUCUGGGCUGAAUUCGGAGAGUACAUAGAAGAGCUUUGGUUCGACAGUUGUACUAUUUGGAAACAGAAAAUGUUGGGUAUUCUGCGCUAUACCUACCGACUGAAACGACUUACUAUUCAAAAUUGUCCAGAUUUAUUUCGAUCUUGGAAAUAUAUCAAGAACCUGACGGUGACGUAUAAUGUGACGAUGCCGAAUUUGACUCACAUCAGUCUGGCAAGCAACAAUCGACUCGAGCCGCAUCAUUUCGAUUUUAUAGUCGCAAUGGCGCCAAAUCUCAACUCACUAGACGUUUCGAACUGUUUCAAGGGUGUAGAAGCGACGCAACGAUUUCGUAUGCUGGGCCAUCUGCUGAACUACGUGAAAGAUCAUCAGCACACGCUUCGUCAUUUGUUUGUUGGCGACACGCCAAUUGAUAAUCUGUUUUUGCGUAAUCUUGCCGAAAUCAAAAAGCUACGUUUGAAAAGCUUAAGUAUGUUGGUUUGCGAUAGGAUACCUUCGACUGAUGCCGGAAUCCUUGAUCUGAUCCUACUCCAGACUAGUCUCACCUAUCUCGAUUUGACCCGAUCACUGGCUUUGAAUGAUUUUUGUUUGAUUCAAAUUUCAAACUGUAUGCCCUUUCUGGAGACGUUGAUUCUCAACCGUUGCUGGAUGAUUACUGACUAUGGAAUAUCGUCAAUCAAACAGUUAACAAAAUUAAAACACAUUGAUUUGACGAACUGUGAAAGAAUCAGUGAUAUUGGUAUUUUGGGAGGGCUUUUGACACACAACAGACAAGGAUUGACAAAGUUGUGUUUGGGUCUGCUUUCCAAUAUUAGUGAAGUGGUUUUCACAAAGAUUUCCUUUGAGCUCAACAAUUUGACGGUACUGGAUUUAGGUGGUUGUUCGAAUUGUAUCAACGAUCGAUCGAUUCAGUAUAUUUUCUACCACCUGGCAGGAUUGAAAGAGCUUAAUUUGGACUGUUGUGCGAAGCUUACAGACGCUGGUAUGACUGGUAUCGACCUACCAGAAUGUGCUAUAGCUAUUUGGGACAUUGAAAUGAGCUUUUCUGUAGAGAAUCUCAAGCGGCUACGAUACCUAAAUCUUCACGGAUGCUAUCAAGUGACUGAUUAUACAUUUAGGCGCAAAUUUCAUUUGCAGGAAUUGAGGGAACUCAAUCUCGAAAGACUACAGAUUACGGACUAUGGCGUGGAGAUAAUCGCACUUAACUGUCCUUCACUGGAGAUAAUCGACUUCAGUGAAUGUCAGAACAUCAACGAUCGCUGCGUCGAGGUAGUAACUAAAUGUUGCCUUAGAUUAUCGAUCCUUAAACUGCAGAAUUGUCCAUUGAUAACUGAUUUGACUAUUGAGCACCUUAUAAAGAAUUGCACCAUACUAAAAGUUCUUAAUAUUCGUGGUUGUUACAAGAUAACGGCCGAAGCGGAAGCGAAACUUGAUACCGUCAGGACUCUGAGGCACGUGUUUGCAAACGAAAGAGAAUAGGGUGGGUGUACCAACAAUGUGAGAGUACUAGUAGUAGCGAAAGUAGAAAUUUCAAAUUUAAGUUGAAGCUAUACAUGCACUACUAAGCCUUUAUCGAAUUUAAAUGGUUAUAUAGGAAACAGUUCUAAGAUUUGCUACUGAAACAAAUUGAACAGAAAAUGUUAUCCAAUAUUUUAUUUUCCUUGCACAACAGGGUAGAAGAAUUUCUAUAAUAAUGAGUGUCUUAAAAAUCAAUGAAAUUCAUUAGAUUUGAAUGCCGGAGAUCUCUGUCUUGUCAACGAAAUGGAAGAUAUUAAAUCAAAUUGCAAUCGAAGUUUCGAUGUAAGAUUCUGCUGAAUUGUGAAUUAUGUCUCAAGAAUGCUGACCUCGUUUUUGGAAAACAAUAAUAUGGUUAACCCCCAACUACUGCCGAAGUUUUUUCCAUAAUUUCAACCUGCUACAUUUUUUCAGCAAUUAGAAAACAAAACCCAACCGGACGGUAGUCGGUAAAAGGUAGCAUAGCUAAAAAAACAACUUCGUCCAUAGUAGAAGAAAAAAAUGGUUAAACAAAACAAAAACACCGGAGAUGCAUACAAUAAAAUUAUCAAAUCAUAUAAAUUUA